AUGGCAUGUGGGCUGAGCUGGCUUCUCCUGGUGGCUGUGUUAGGAGGGGUCCAGUGUGAGGUGCAGCUGGUGGAGUCUGGAGGAGACUUGGUGCAGGCCGGGGGGUCCCUGAGACUCUCCUGUGUAGCCUCUGGAUUCAAUGUUGGCAGCUAUUGGAUGAACUGGGUCCGCCAGGCUCCAGGGAAGGGCCUAGAGUGGGUCUCAAGCAUAAGUAGUGGUGGUACAUACUAUGCCGACUCUGUGAAGGGCCGAUUCACCAUCUCCAGAGACAACAGCAAGAACACGCUCUCUCUGCAAAUGAGCAGCCUGAGGGAGGAGGACACGGCCCUGUACUACUGUGCGAGAGACACAGUGAGGGGAAGGCCCUGUGGGCCCAGACACAAACCACCUGCAGGAGGAAGCAGGGUGAGGUUCAAGGCUGCAGGCCCCCAGGAGGCUCUUAGGACUCGCCCCCAAGGAAAGGUUGCUCAUAACCAGAUGAAUCGUGUUUCUGUGGAAAUCGGGACUGACCUGUGUCUGAGCUCUCAGAUGACACCAACCCUCCUUGUGGAGUCUACUAGAGACUGUUAUGUGCUGCUAGUGAUCAAAAUUCCACCUGAGGACUCACCAACUCUCUCGGCUGUUUGUGCACCCAACAUUGAAGGUGACUUUGUGUUUGUGUUUGUGAUUGUGAAUGGACCCGAUGGCUUCCACCAGCCCCUUCUCAGGUUGGACCAGGCCUUCAGCUAUGAAUUCUACCUCCUCAUGAAUAUGCAAAUUACAUGA